AUGGGGGUGGAUAGCGCCGGCAGAGGUUUCUUCUGUCUGGUGCUGGCGUGGGGACUCUUUCUGAGCCAGGCUGCCUGUCAGACACCUCCCCAGGGCUUCAGGCGCAUCUCCUACGAGGUGAUCAUCCCAAAGAGAAUGGUGCUCCGGCGUGGGCGGGAUCUGACCUACCUGCUAGAGAUUGAGGGGAAGAGCCUCGUGGUGCACCUCCGGCAGAAGAGGGGCUUGGUACCUAAACACUUCCCGGUUUUCACCUACAGCAAGGAGGGUGAUCUCCAGGUGGAUUAUCCUUUCAUCAGGGGUGACUGUUACUACCACGGCUUUGUACAAGGCUGGCCUUCCUCAUUGGUCGCCCUCAGCUCUUGCUCAGGGGGAAUCCGGGGUCUCUUGCAGGUGGAAAGUAAGACCUACGAAAUCGAACCUGUCCCAGCAUCUGCUACCUUCCAGCAUGUAGUGUAUCUCUUGGACGAAAAGGAGAGUGCUGUCCCCAUGAGGUGUGGGCUGUCUGAGGAAGAGCAAAAUCACCAAGCAUCUGUGAUCCAAAACACAGAGAAUGUAGUAGCAGAAAUCUCUUCAGGAGGUGUCUGGUGGGCAAACACCAGAUACGCGAAGGUUGCAGUUGUGGUGGAACAUGAACGAUAUGUCCACUUUGGCAGGAAUGAAACAAUUGUUGUUAUGCAGGUGCUGGAUGCCAUUCAUAUUGCAGAUUCAUUAUAUAAGGCACUUGGUGUUCAUGUAGCUGUGGUCGGACUGGAGAUCUGGUCUCAAAGAAACCUCAUAGAAAUUGCUAAAAAUUUAGAUGAAUUGCUUGACAUUUUCAAUACUUGGAGAAAAAUGACCCUAGUCCAACAUCUAAGGCAUGAUGUUGGCCACUUAUUUGUAUAUAAGCAUUUCGGAGUUAAAACUGGGUUAUCAUUUGUAGGAUCAGUGUGUGAUCCCCUUUGGGCAUCUGCUGUUGAGGCAUUUAUUACUUCUAGUUUGUUCUCGUUCUCUGUAACUUUUGCUCAUCAAUUGGGACAUAACCUUGGCAUGCAACAUGAUGAGAAGUACUGUACUUGUAAUCAGCAUUCUUGCAUUAUGACUACAUCACAGAGUGUCACAAGUAAGUUUAGCAAUUGCAGUUAUCACAGUUAUUCUAGCUUGAUGAAUAGUAGAAGGAAACAAUGUCUGCUAAUUCCACCAGAACAUGAGAAACUGUAUGAACUCAAAAACUGUGGCAACAAGGUGGUAGAGAGCGGAGAACAAUGUGACUGUGGCUCACCCCUUCAUUGUAAAUCAGAUGCAUGUUGCCAACCUAAUUGCAUGUUGCAUUCAGGAGCCACUUGUGCUGUUGGAACAUGCUGUGCCAACUGUCAGUUUCUUCCAGCUGGAACAGUUUGUAGAGAAAGGACUAGCAUCUGUGAUCUUCCUGAAUACUGCACUGGAUUUUCUGAAUGGUGUCCUAAAGACAUUUAUGUACAAGAUGGUGCUCCGUGCCAUGACAAUGCCUUCUGCUAUCACGGGAAAUGCUCUACUCACAAGAAUCUAUGCAAAAAGAUCUUUGGCAAGCAGGCAACAGUUGCCCCAUUAGGUUGCUUCAGAGAAGUAAAUACUCGAGGUGACCGCUUUGGCAAUUGUGGAAUUAUUCGUGCUAAUGUUUAUAAGAAAUGUGAAAAUAGUAACAUCUUGUGUGGCAAAGUCCAAUGUAUCAACAUAAAUGAAGUUCCUAAUUUGAAUGAGCGUGGCAGCAUAAUUCAGACUCCUCUGAACUCAAAUUUGUGCUGGGGUACAGCUUACCACAAUGACGUAGCUGAUAUUGGAGCAGUGACAGAUGGCACACAUUGUGGCAAUGGCAUGAUAUGUAUUAAUAGGGCAUGUAUUAAAGUGCCCCUCCUGAACUAUGAUUGUAAUCAAACAAAAUGCCAUAACAGAGGAGUUUGUAACUCUCUUAAAAAUUGUCACUGUGAUUAUGGCUGGGCCCCUCCAAAUUGUCUAAAUGAAGGCUAUGGUGGCAGUAUUGACAGUGGACCCCCUCCACCCAAGAGUGGAAAUGUAGGGAGGACAAGUGCUAUAAUAAUCCUUUCUGUUUCUGCUACUGGAGUUCUUGGUACAGGGACUGGUAUCUUGUAA